AUGGCGCAUACAAGAAGCCUCACAACCAACACCACCUCCCCAUCCCCUUUCUCCUCCCUCCUACAACUACCCCUCUCCACUCUCUUCCAAGCAUUGCUCCUGUUUCAAAAACAUCAGCAGAAUCUGACUACCUCACCUCUCUCUGCCCAGCCGUCCCAAGCUCCUCUCUUUCCCGACCUCCCUUCCCUCGUCACCACCAUUGCAUGCAUCUCCAUAUCUCUCAUACUCCUCCUCUUCCACCGCCGCAGCCGUUGCAUCCGCUCCUCCUACCCACCCGGCCCCGCGCCGUGGCCAAUCCUUGGGAACAUCCCGUCGCUCGGAACCCUCCCGCACCGCUCCCUCGCGAAGAUAGCCGACAAGUUCGGCCCGAUAUUCACCGUCUGGUUCGGUCCCACCCCGUGCGUGGUCAUCUCCUCCCCGGACCUCGCACGCGCGGCGCUGAAAGCACAGGACAGGCUCUUCAGCGGCCGCCCGCUGGUCACAUCCACGCGUGUGCUCACCCUGUGCGGCAAAGACGUGGCAUUCGCGCCGCCCGACCAGGCGUGGAAAAAGCGGCGGCGCCUGGCGUUUCUGCACCUGCUGUCCGCGCGCCAGCUGGCGGCGAGCGCGGCGCUGCGUGAGGAGGAGGUGCGGGCGAUGGUGGACGCCAUGGUGGGGGAGGUGCGUCGCUGCCAGCACCCUGCUUCUACGGUCGGAGGGGCCGAAGCGAGUGGAGUGGGUGGAGGUGUAGGUGGGGGAAGGGGUGCAGGUGAAGGGGGAGGUGCAUGGGAAGGGGGAGGGGGGGGUGUGGUGAACAUGAGGAGCUACUUGGGUCGAGCCACGCUCAACAACAUUCUGCACCUCACCGUGGGUAAGCGGUACCCUUACAGCUUCAGCAGUAGCAGCAGCGGCAGGGAGCAUAGCACGGACGAUGCUGGUGGACCUACCUCUGCUGCUGCUGCUGCUGCUGCUGCUGCUGCUGCUACCAUUGCCGAUGCUGCCAGCACUGCCACUGCUGCCAGUGGUGCUACUAGCGCCGUUGCUGUUGCCACUGCUGGUAAUGGCAGGUCCUCGCUGGAGCAGGAGGGAGAGAGGGUGGCAGCGAUGGUGGAUGAGGUGUUUCUGGUGGUGGGGGCGUUUAACUUCAGCGACCACCUGCCGUGGCUGCGCUGGUGGGACCCCCAGGGUAUUAACGCGCGGGUCAGGCGGGUGCAGCCAGCCAUCCAUGGGUUUGGCCGUGCAUGCAUCAGAGAGAGGGCGGAGGUGGUGAAAGAGAUGGAGAAGCAUGGGCUGGCACGCACGGAAGGUGCGGCAGGUGCGCAGCAGCAGCAGACAGUGGAAGCGAAUACGCAGCAGCGACUGGCAUUAAGAGGAGACGUGACAGUGCAAGAACGCAAGGGGCUGCAGGCGCGAGUCGCUACUGGGGAUGGGAAGGAGACAUCAGAGUCCCGGGGGCACAAGGAGCAUGUUAAUGAGGCCUGUAGGCAUAAGGUGCUGGUGGACUUCCUUCUAGAAAGCCACCGGGCGUGCGGUGAAGGGGGGAAGGGAGGAGCAGGAGCAGGUGGAGAAGGAAGGGGGGUGGGAGGAGGAGGAGGAGGAGGAGGAGGAGGAGGAGGAGGAGGAGGAGGAGGAGGAGGAGGAGGAGGAGGAGGAGGAGGAGGAGGAGGAGGAGGAGAAGGAGGCGGAGAGGACUCACUGGAUGAGGAGGAGAUGUUGAUGCUGGUGAUGGAUAUGAUUCUAGCUGGCACCGACACCACGGCCAAGACUGUCGAGUGGGCGCUGGCGGAGCUUGUCAACCACCCCCACGCGCUCAAGUGCCUUCAGGACGAGAUUGACGCUGCUUUCAGCGCACCAGCUGCUGCUGCUGCUGCUGCUGCUGCUGCUGCUGCUGCUGCAGCGAGCAAUGAAAGUGAUAUGUGCAGCACUGCUACGCAGGAGGGUGAAGUUCAGGGACUUGGCGAGGAGCCCAGUCAGCACGGCAGCGUGCCCAAUCCAUCCACCAUGCCGUUCCUCCAGGCAGUGAUCAAGGAGACUCUGCGGCACCACCCUGUGGCGCCGCUGCUGGUGCCCCACAAGACCACAGCGGCCACAGCACUAGGCGGGAACAGCAUUCCUGGCGGCACCAUGGUGCUGGUGAACACAUGGGCCAUCAGCCAUGACCCCAGGCUCUGGGACCACCCCCAGGAGUUUGACCCCUGGCGCUUCAUGCCACCGCCGGCCGUACCACCACCCUCUGGAGCCAGUUCACCCGACCCCAUGGCACCACGAUCACAGCCCAUAGCAGCGCAGGAAACAGCAGCACAGGCAACUGUAGCCCCUGCGCCCUCCGCCACCACCACCACCCUCACGCCGGCCUCGUGGGACCCCUCCAGCGCCUUCCUUAUGCUGCCCUUCGGCGGUGGGCGGCGGGGGUGUGCCGGCAUGGCUCUGGGCGUGGACAUGGCUGCUCGCAUGCUCGCUGCUCUCCUGCUCCGCUUCCACAUGGCCAUGCCACCGGACAGUGCCACCAUGGAUGGUGCUGGAGGGGUGGAGGGACGAGGAGGAGGGUGUGUGGAGUUGGGGGAGCCACAGCAGACGUCCCGCACCUCCCACUCCCCUCUCCCUCCCAGUUGUAUCCCGUUCUUCCAUUCAAAACCGCCUCAUCCCGCUUCAUCUCAUCCCUCAGCACCCUAG